AAUGUCAGGACCUUGUUUCAUCCAAACAUAAGUUGACGCCUACAUAUAAACAGAGAAAUAUACAACUCUUCAUAGAAACAUAAUAUACCAGCUAAGAUGGAGGAUAUUUCGCACGAGGAACGAGUCCUGAUCCUUGACACCUUCCGCAUUUUGGACAAGGACAACGAGGGCGCUAUAACUUCUAAAGAGAUGGCGGUGGUGAUUCGCGCCCUGGGUCGCCAGCCCAACGACGCCGAGGUUCAGUCCAUGAUCAAUGAGGUGGAUUCGGAGGGAAACGGAUCCAUCGUGGCUACGGAGUUCUGCAAUGUGAUUCUGCGCAAGAUGCGCGACACCAACCACGAGGACGAGCUGCGCGAAGCUUUCCGAAUUUUCGACAAGGAUAACAAUGGCUACAUCACCACCACCGAGCUAAAAAAUGUGUUCACGUCGCUGGGCGUGAAGCUUAGCGACGACGAGUUGGAAGAAUUGGUACGCGAGUACGACUUGGAUCAGGACAAUCACAUAAAUUACGAAGAGUUCGUCAACAUGAUGACAAUGCGAUAGCCUCCAUUUCAAAUUCUUUAUGUUCAUUGUUAAAGGAGCUUACAACAUGAAACAUUAGUCCAAUACAAAAAAAAAAAAAAGAAAAACUUUUGAAACAAUGAGCGGCAGCUUGACCGAGGCCCAGAUUG